ACUCUUACUUUUCGAAUACAACGUUGACAGUGUAUUCCAAACGUUGACGCACUACUUGUAAAUAUAAUCCCUUACGCCAUGUAGGUAUUUUUAAAGGGAUGCGUGUCAGUUAACUAGUCCGGUAGGAACCAAGGGACAUAUCCGGUAGUCGAAGCGUUACCAUAGUGACAAAAACAUCAACUAACAUUGAGCUCUUUGUUGAUCGGGGACUAGCAGGUGGAGUCUCUCUUUUUGGGCAAGUACACUCAAAUAGAAACCUAAACGCUCUUUUUUUGAACAAUGUCUCUGGUUGAGAUGACUGAAAUGUCAAAUAAGAAAACAACAGGAACUCAAAUUGGAUGUGCAGAUAUCCAAGGAACACCUGCUGAAGAAGAAAAUAAGCUUCCUGGGCCGCGGAUAACCAAGACCUUUUUAAGGGACCACUGUAAGCAGAACAAACUCUAUUCCACGCCAUUCCUCAAUGACACAUUGUAUCUGCACUACAAGGGUUUCUCCACAAUUGAAAACCUAGAGGAGUACACAGGACUCAAAUGUCUAUGGUUGGAAAGCAACGGGUUGCAACAGAUCGGGAACUUGGACGCGCAGGUCGAUCUCCGCUGCUUGUUCCUCCAGCAGAACCUUAUCCACAAGCUGGAAAACCUGGGCGCUCUAAAAAGGUUACGCACUCUGAACGUCUCCAACAAUUACAUAAACACCAUCGAGAACAUCUCCAGCCUUCCUGAGCUGAGUACCCUGCAGAUGGCUCAUAACAAACUGGCGGGCGUGAAGGCCAUAGAACACUUGAGUCAGUGUCCAUCCAUCAGCGUGCUGGAUCUGGCCCACAACCUCUUACAGGACCCUGAGAUCCUUCCUGUACUUGAAGCCAUGCCCGAAUUACGCGUCCUCACCCUGACGGGCAACGAAGUGGUGAGAAGGAUCCCCGACUACAGGAAGACUCUGACCGUGCGCCUCAAGCAGCUGACUUUCCUCGACGACAGGCCUGUGUUCCCCAGAGACAGAGCAUGUGCAGAAGCCUGGGCGCUCGGCGGGGUGGAGGCGGAGCGCGAGGAGAGGGAACGAUGGAACACUCGAGAAAGGAGGAAAAUCCAGGAAGGCUUGGAGGCCUUAGCUGCCGUUCGACAGAAAGCCCAGGAGAGACAACGCCUGAAAGAGAAGGUGGUGAGAGGUGAGACUUCCUUCGAUCCAGAAGCUUCUCAUCAGGACGCCGUCACUGAGAAAAUCCAAGGGUUUGUGCAGGAUACCCUGGAUGCUCAAGAAGAGUUCACACAAAACCAAAUAAAUCUGCAGCUCUGCAAAGAAGAUCCGGAGAAAGACGGAGAAAAGUCCGAGGAGGACGAUGGGAAACAGUCAGAAAGAGGUGAGUUCCAUGUUGAAGCUCCUGGUGAAACUGGACAUGGUCCUGGACCACUGGUGACUGAACUGGUGGAUGCAGAACAACUGGAAAGUAUUCCUCGGACUGAGCCGCUGCUUGUUGAUGACCUGCCCGAUCUGGAGGAUGUGGACUCAGAAGACCUGGCGGAUUUGUUCUCCUUGGACCGGGAGUUCAAACCCAAGAUAGAAGUCAUCUCAGGGGAUGGCAAUGACAAUGUGGAGGCAGUCGGGAGUGAGAGCAUCCACUCUGGCCCAGAUAAGUCCUGGCUUUUUAUUGGCGGCAGUAAGACAACCGAAGCACCUCAGGAUUCAGCGCUGAUGUAUUCAGGUGAGACUUCCUUCGAUCCAGAAGCUUCUCAUCAGGACGCCGUCACUGAGAAAAUCCAAGGGUUUGUGCAGGAUACCCUGGAUGCUCAAGAAGAGUUCACACAAAACCAAAUAAAUCUGCAGCUCUGCAAAGAAGAUCCGGAGAAAGACGGAGAAAAGUCCAAGGAGGACGAUGGGAAACAGUCAGAAAGAGGUGAGUUCCAUGUUGAAGCUCCUGGUGAAACUGGACAUGGUCCUGGACCACUGGUGACUGAACUGGUGGAUGCAGAACAACUGGAAAGUAUUCCUCGGACUGAGCCGCUGCUUGUUGAUGACCUGCCCGAUCUGGAGGAUGUGGACUCAGAAGACCUGGCGGAUUUGUUCUCCUUGGACCGGGAGUUCAAACCCAAGAUAGAAGUCAUCUCAGGGGAUGGCAAUGACAAUGUGGAGGCAGUCGGGAGUGAGAGCAUCCACUCUGGCCCAGAUAAGUCCUGGCUUUUUAUUGGCGGCAGUAAGACAACCGAAGCACCUCAGGAUUCAGCGCUGAUGUAUUCAGGUGAUACAAAUGAGCUUGAGACCGAUGCAAAGUCUGAUACGAGUCUGAUAUCAUGUCCACCACGCUGCCUGAUUGAGGAGCUGGAAUGACAUUUGUUUCGUUUUUUGGCAUCUCAAGAAAUAUAGUUCGUUUGUUGGCGGUU